AUGCGGUUACUUGUCUCCCUCUUGGCUCUUCUCCCUCUCUGUCUCGCAAACUCAGAGUACCAACAACUCAAAAAUCUCGCAGCAGCCGGUAAUGGUCUCAUUAAAUUAGACGCAACCUCUUUCGAUAUCCUUACUUCUCCAAAACGUACUUGGUCUGCCUCUAUCCAACUCACCGCCCUCGACAAGAGGCGCAAAUGUAAUCCAUGCCAGCAAUUUGAUCCCUCCUGGAAUACCGUUGCAAAAGUUUGGUCAAAGGUUUCUGCCGAACAUCGCGACAACCAUUUCUUUGCGUCCUUGGACUUUGAUGACGGACCAACUGUCUUCCAGAAGCUCGGCCUUGCGUCAGCACCCGUCGUCUUUGUCUAUCCCCCAGCAGAAGGACCUCGCAAACCUGCUAAUGGUAAACUAUCACCCUCCAAAUAUGAUUUCUCCAAUGGCUUUGAGCCUGGUCCACUCGCUGAACAUCUUUCAAAACACACCCCAAUUCCAAUCCCAUACCAAGAGCCCAUUGAUUGGGCUCGCUGGGCCACCUUCGCCAUCGGAAUAUUAGGCUUUGCUAUAACUCUGAGGAUGAUAUCCCCAGUAUUCCUCAAUCGUUGGUCUUGGGCUCUUGGGACCGUCCUUGUCUCCUUGGUCAUGACCUCAGGUUACAUGUUCACGCAGAUCAGAAGUUCCCCCUACAGCGGCGCUGACGGCAAUUGGAUCGCUGCUGGCUACCAAAACCAGUUCGGGCAAGAGGUUCACGUUGUUGCCUUCAUAUAUGGUCUCCUGGCCCUUUCCUUCCUCAUGCUCAUCAUGAUUGUUCCAUAUCAAUCAUCGCCGCAACGACAACGACUUCAAGUUUAUCUGUGGACCGGAGUCAUCAUGAUUAUAUACUCCGUUUUGCUCUCUCUUUUCCGAGUAAAAAAUAGAGGCUAUCCAUUUAAAUUGUUUUUGUAG